CCCGGGGCGAAGACUCAAGUCGCCGGCCAGUGGCAAGCCCAGACCCCCUUUGGGUUUCAGAGUUUAAGAGAGCGCGGUGCUCUGUGCACUUCCCCCUCCCGGGUUUCUGGUCCCUUCCGGAGCUGGUGCCUGAGGUCGCUGGAGGCCAAGCUAGGCAGGUGCUUUCAAAAGACGGCCUGGCCAUUCCUGUAUAUAAGAGUGCUUACUCUGCACCCAGCCUUAUCUCCGAGUGCGCCCCGGGAGGCAGCAGAAUGGUGGUGUCCCGGCAGGGACAGAUCUGGACUAGACACUGGACAGAUAGCCACUGUGUUUCAGCGACAAGCUCAGCACGAGGCUUCUCAACGCUGCGCGCGCUUUAGUCCCAAGGGUCUGGAAACCAGGGCGUUAGGAACGAUUCUUCCUGAGAACAGAGGCCAGGGCCUCUCCUUCUGAUGAAAAGAGGAGCGAAGGAUGGACUACACUCACCAAACCGCCCUAAUCCCAUGCGGCCAAGACAAGUACAUGCCCAAGAGUGAACUUCUCCUACACCUGAAGACCUACAACUUGUACUAUGAAGGCCAAAACCUGCAACUCCGACACCGAGAGGAAGAAGACGAGUUCAUUGUGGAGGGGUUGCUGAACAUCUCCUGGGGGCUGCGCAGGCCCAUUCGGCUGCAGAUGCAGGAUGACCACGAACGCAUCCGUCCCCCUCCAUCCUCCUCCUCCUGGCACUCUGGCUGUAACCUGGGCGCACAGGGCACCACACUGAAGCCCCUCACCAUGCCCACUGUUCAGAUCUCAGAAGUGGAUAUGCCUGUUGAAAGCAUGGAGACACACAGCCCGACAGAUUCCAGAGGCCUGAAGCCUGUGCAGGAGGACACCCCACAGUUGAUGCGCACACGCAGUGAUGUUGGGGUGCGUCGCCGGGGCAAUGUGAGGACAUCCAGUGAUCAGCGGCGAAUCAGACGCCAUCGUUUCUCCAUCAAUGGCCAUUUCUACAACCACAAGACAUCAGUGUUCACACCAGCCUAUGGCUCUGUCACCAACGUCCGCAUCAACAGCACCAUGACUACUCCGCAGGUCCUGAAGCUACUGCUCAACAAGUUUAAGAUUGAGAAUUCGGCAGAGGAGUUUGCGCUGUACGUGGUCCACACCAGUGGUGAAAAGCAGAAGCUGAAGAACUCCGACUACCCUCUGAUCGCCCGCAUCCUCCAGGGACCAUGUGAACAGAUCUCCAAAGUUUUCCUGAUGGAGAAGGACCAGGUGGAGGAGGUCACCUAUGACGUGGCCCAGUAUAUAAAGUUUGAGAUGCCAGUCCUUAAAAGCUUCAUCCAGAAACUCCAGGAGGAGGAGGACCGGGAGGUGGAGAAGCUGAUGCGCAAGUACACCGUGCUCCGGCUAAUGAUUCGGCAAAGGCUAGAGGAGAUAGCCGAGACCCCUGAGACUAUCUGAGCCACGGGAAUGAAGGCAAUUCAGAUACUCCAGGGGCUGAGGCUGACCUGAGAAGACCCAUGGGAAGCUAGGCAUCCUUCCACAGAAACCUUGUCACAUGAACCUUGCAGCUCUCCAAAAGGCGGCACUGUUCCCUACAGUAGGACACAGAAGCAGCAGACAGCUCCCCGCCUCAGGACCCCUGCUCUUCUUUGUUUCAUUCUCAAGGACUUUCAUUCUAAGGAGGACCCACAAUGUGUGUGCUCACCCGAAUGUGUGUAUGUGUGUGUGUGCACACGUGCGCAUGCGUGCACGCAUACGCAAGUGUGCAUAUACGUACUUACCAUGUCCACGUGCUUUCCUGAUGUGAAAUUCCCAGCAGCCAGCAGGUGCUGCAAGGCUGCACAUGUGCUGCUCCUGUGCAGGAGGAACAGGGGAGUGACGGAGGCUUUGGGCCUCUUCCAGUGCCAACGACAGCCACACGGAUCUGUCAUGUUUGAUGGGGAAGAGGAGGCUGCAGGCUCACCAUUUGGAAUGUCUGAAGGUUUACAGCUGAGUUUCUUCUCAUUUGCCAAGAAGUAUGGGUGAUCGUGAGGUCCUUGGGAACUAGUCAAGUGGUGGCCUCAUGCCCUUGAGGCAAGUCCAAUGAAGUGGAAAAGCAAGAUUACCUUGGGGUGGAUGCAAUGAGUCUGAGUUUUUUUGCACUGGAAAGGUUAUCAUUGUAGAAAGCACAAUUAAUGUCCCCAUCCUAUGUGGAUGCCUGGAAAGAAUGGAUUCUGCCUUUGUUCUUGGCUUUGUGGAUGCUUCUGGGUGUUUCCGCUCUCCAACUGCCACUUCAAGUCACUCUGACCUGCUCAUGCACCCAGGACAGGUGCGUGCUGGGAUAAAUGACACUCAAAAGUUUUUAAGCACUCAUAGACUGAAGGGAAGGUUCUAGGCCACCCGCUGAGAUGACAGGCACCUAGCCCACCAUCAUCACAUCAGUGAGAGUAUCCCCCACACGGAGUUGGAGCGUUGUGUUUGAAGUUGCCUCGUUUUGUUUCUGGCCUUCGCACACUUGCGAGCCCCUUUACCUUAUACACGGAGUUGGUUUCCAAGAAUGGAGGCCUGUCUUGUUGCUCACUCAACACAGGGAGUAGGGAAGCUCUUUGGGGAGUUCCAUGAGUGUGGGCAGAGAGGACAGUGCUUGCUUAGCCUUUGAGAGGCCAUGCUUCUGAUUUUUAGAGCCAGCCUCAUUAGUAGAAAGGGCAGGGGUGAUCCUGUAAGCCCUCCAAUCGGGAUGCUGUCAUUCAUGUAGCUGGUCACCUGUGUGGCUUGUACUAUUUGAGGUUGGACAGAUGGGUGGGAUUUCUGCUGGUUUAUGAAACUCAGCCAAGUAAGAUGAGCAGCCCGCAACUUAGGCAUCUCUGAGUCUUGCUACAACAGGGUGCUCUUGGCCUACCUGCUCUCACGAAAGCUCUCGAAGCCUAGCAGCUGAGGGGCCCUGACCGGUGUGCCUUUUAAGGAAGGCGGACCUCUGCAGCAGACCUGUUCCUAUGUAGGAAAGUUACUGUCCUCCACCCUCCUCAAAAAGCUCACAGCAUUGGUCUCAUUGUGGGCUUUCAAACAGAUGGCUUAUGGCCGGCCAUUUUGCUGGGUAUCAUUUAGCAGCCUUGCUCUUCUUCCGGGGCAGCACAAUCUAUCCCAUGAGCAGUGGGAUGGAAACCCAGUGGGUCUGAGUCUUUAUCUUAGACUCCAAAGACAGCAAAGCACAGAACUGGGGGUUGGGGAAUGUAGCUUUCUUUAUGAGCGUAUACUUUAAUAAAACCCUGAACUCAGUGGGCAGCUGGGGUGGGGGUUCCUUUAUUACAAAGAACAGCUUUGUGAAUGCAAAUAUUUGAGGAAAUUUGAUUUGGAUAAUUUCUCUUCCCGUUAUCCUUACCCUGAAUGUUCAGAGCCUAUGUUGAUCCACAAUUUUCCCUCGGGAGCUUGGGGGCUUUCCACGGAGCACACUAACUGGGAAGUUAUUUCUGACUAAUGAAAGCUCAUUGUGAUAGUGUCAAUAUGUGACUGCUUCUGGGCAUCAGGUUGCCAGGUUCUCCAAGAUGGUGGUGCCAAGAGAGAUGGCUUUUAAAGAACGGGGUUCAGAAAGGGAGCUGGGGUACAUGUUCACUUAUGCAUUUUGGCACAUUCCCUAGAGAUCAUUUCUCAUCUCCAAAGAACUGAUCGGGAGUUUUAGGAAAUUGGCUGGGGAUGAGAUUCAGUGGUAGAGCAUUUUCUUAGUGUGUGUGAAAAGCCGACUUCAAUCUCUAGUAACACACACACACACGCGCACACACACACAUGUAAAAAGAGAAAGGAAGGAAGAAAGCUGUCCAGCAGCAGCUGUGGUGUAUGUAGUCCAGUGCAGGGGGAUUACUUACAAUGUUGGGGCCUGGUUCCGGACACCUGCACCCAACACCACGCUGCCUGGUGAACUUUGGAAACCUUUGACAUAGCCGCAGCAGAACAGACCUCUACAGCAGCGACUGAAUUUUCUCACUGGUCUCACUUCGCAGCUUUGAACUCCAAGAUGGAUUAGUGUGGGCUUAUGUAAUUGGGUGCAGUGGGCCUGAAAUCCUGAGGAAUAAUAGACCAACACAUAAGGCGGUGGUGGUGGGGGCUAAUCCAACAUGUGAAAAGUGGUUUGGCUGCAUCUGGACUCUUCCCCCUCCCCCCGCCCCCCAACAAGGGCUUAUGUUACAAGGUGGCCAAGUGACCAGAACACCAGCCUCCUUCUGAGUGAGGUGGUGAGAUCAAGCACAGGUUUACUUUCUCGGUGACGAUGUUAGCGGGGAGGUGAUGUCCCACAGUGGGUAGGGGUGUUAGUUGGAAAUGGGCCCAAAGCACAAACACCAGCCAUGCCUGUGCUACUGGUGAAGGGCACACUGCUAACACACUGGACAAUGCAGCUUAGACCCGAGGCUGGGGAGAAACGGCCUCUGCAGGACAGUGCUGCAGCCCAAGACCGAGAUGUUGGUCUGGGACAGGCUGGUGGUUUGGGAAGAAAUAUUUGCAACCUUCUCCUUUUCUAAAUAUUUCCAGAAACUUCCAGAUAAAGAAAUUUUAUCCGUGCCAUAUGAUGGUCCUCCAAGAUCUGCAAAAACAUCUUGGCAAGGAUUGCAUUUUGUGGUUCUGAGUGUGUUCUUGAUGUCAGAAGGGUAGAUGAGGAAACUGGCCAAGCAGGGCAAGAAGCAUUCAAGAAAUGCCGGCGCUUCAAAAUGACAGAAGCAGGAAAGCCUCAAAUCAAAACCCAAAUUCUAUUUGAAGCUUUGUAGCAUGGAGAACUUGGGGUUAGGGAUACAUUUCCAAGAAAGAAAUAAGUCCAGUGACCAAAGGAGUUUUCAUGUCCCCCAGGAGUAAGCUUUGCCCUGGUGAGGGUGGAGGCAGGAGGAUGCCGUCUUUCACUCUCACAGCACUGCCAGUUUUAAACCUUCUUACCUUAGGUUGUUUUCUGUAAAGCCUGGCUUCCACCAGAUGAAAGAGCUUCUACAAACCUGAUGUGACAUCCCUUCCUUCAGAUGUAAUUGAAGGUGCUCGCCAUAUCUUGGGGUACACCUCCCUCCCUUCCUCCUACUCUCAUUAAACUGAGCACAGAAGUGCUUAAGCUGUGAA